GUCGACGUCUUUUCGCGUCAUUAACUUGUCGACGCAACAGGUCGACGCAACAGGCAGGAUACAUUGUGUGCACAGCACUCUUGAGUAUCAAUGUCACAUCCAAGACAACGCACGGAAACAACACCGAUCCCUACCCCCACUGUCCCUCAUCAUCGGAUAUUGGUGUCGCUGUACGCGUUGAAUCGACGUCUCUGUGCCGCCCCCUCCACAGCCGGUUCCCACCGCUUCGCCGCACAAUCUGCCCAACGCCCUCCUUCCCUUUAUAGCGUCGCUUAUCACUGCCAAUGAGCUGCAUCACAGGCUGCGAAAAGUCGAAGACCUCACGGCUGAAUUCAGGAGUCGACGGGGGGGUGGGAGGGGGGAAGGCAGAUGGGGGGCAGCCGCGGUGCUGCGCUCUUGCCUGCUGGAGACCCAUGGCCAGACUGCAGUCAUUAUUGAGAGAAGAAGCUGGGUGGGCACCACAUAUCAGCAAUUGGCUGGUGUCUCUUGCUCACCUCAACUGGUAGACGUGUCUCUGGGGGAAAGUCAUGUUGUGAUGUUUGUGGGGCGUCUGUGGCGGGGGGGCAAAUGAUGGUGUGGCCAUAUCUGGCGAGAGGGUGACUGGAGAUGAAGAAGUGGCCGACCAGACCUGACUGAUGCUGCCAACUCGCGGAGAGCCUGUCAUUGACAAACCACGCAUAUACACUUACAUAGCCACAUGUGACAGCCGCAUGUUAUCGUUUUUCCUCCCUCUGUACCUGAUGCACUUGACAGCUGGUCCCCUCCGCCCGUCUGUGUAGCCACCGAUCUCGCCUUGCCGACGUAGCCGAUGUCUGAUAAUCUCCGCUCCUCUUCCAUCAAUCCAGCAGCAUUAAACACAGGCAGUCGCCCCUGCACUUGAACUCUUCUUGGAGGAAAGGGAGAUGGCCUGUCUAGGAAUCUCUGUUGUCUCUCGCGGCCCGUUCGUGCCGGCGAUGGGCGAGCUGGGCAAGUGGGGCAAGAGGCUUGACCGACUGAGGUCUCUUCAAGCCUGAGACAGGGGAUUGUCCAUCAAGCCAUGAAAGGAGACGACACCGAUAUUUUGACAUCAUAUCUCUUUGCCCAACCGACCUGCUGAGCAUUUGCGGCAUGAUGCUGAGGAGCUGCUGUGUAAUUGAAUCCAACAGCGUCCUCAUUUGGCUUCUCUCUUCUCGAUCGAACGAUGUUUGCUCCUGCAGCACCCGCAGCUGCUGGUCGAUGCCGGCAAGUUUUGCGCUGACGAUUGCACAUAAGUGAAGGGCUUUUCCUUCGCAUCCACCAGUAUGUAUGUCCGUGCUCUCACCGCAGUGCCCAUCCUGUGUCUUCUUGCGGUAGCCCCAGACCAGGCUCGUCCCUCGAGCUGUCCCUGGCCGGUUUCCAAUCUGCUGGGCGACCACUAAACAGCAGGCUUUCCUUCCCGUCUUGUGUCUCUUGCGGCGUUGUUGACGGACCGCAAGCCGGGCCGCAACCGCACACGGAACACGGAUACAAAAGGUCAUACGACGGUGUGAAACCUUGGGCCCCGGAUCUUCCCUCAGGCUGAGCAGGGGCCUCGCCCUGAUCAACAGGGCAAGAAGACGAUAGAGACUCCUCAGAGAGCAGCCACGCGCCAUGCGGUGUGUGGUUCCGUGAGCAAAGGGGCUCCGCCACUUUCCGUGAGCAAAGGGGCUCCGCCACACUCCAGGACCACCCAGCAGAAGCCUUGACAUCUUCCUGCCACAGUGGGGCAGAGCUGUGCGUCAAAAAUGUUUCCACUUCGUCCUCCCACCAAAGAUCACUCGUCAU